AUGACAGAAGAUCAGGAUCUGAUGGCCAAAAUCAGCCAGCUUGCUGGUCAGAUCAAUAGGCACAAAACUCAACAGUCUCAGCCUGAGUCUCCCUACAGUAGUGAAAUAGCUCCAGGCCAACACGUUUCGCGGCAUGUUUCCUACCGAGGUCGCGGGUGGGCGCCUUAUCGUGGACGACACUACUCACGAGGCCGUCAUGUAGCUCCCCAUCGCCACCGUACCCUCAUCCUCAACAACGCAACAUCAGGUACACCUGGAUCGGCUACUCCAGCUGGCACGGGGACUGAUACAGACGGUGAGGCGCGAUCUGCAACACCAAAUGAGUGGGUUGUGAAACGCGAUCGUCAUAUGCAGCUCAUCAACACUUCGAUAUACGACAAAGAGACACAAGCGAGGACGAAGGCGAUGGAGGAGAGUCGCCAGGCCAAGGCGCAAAAGAGAGCACAGGUCGAGCAGGCGAGAGUUAUGAAUUACGCACAGGGCGUCGGCAGAGUCCAUCCUACGGGCUUCGCGGCUCCUCAGGUGUCAACUACUGCAGACCCGUCAGGGGAGUAUCAGGUUUUCGUCAACGACAUACCGUUUCGGGUGUCGCGCGGUGGUGGCAAGCUGAUCCGAGUGUCUGGUGCGUGCGCUGUAGAUGCUCUGGUCAAGCGAACUAGCUUACCGGUCAUAGAUAAUCCGAAUACUGCCAACGCUACGCCAAAACGAGUGACAGUGGCAGGCGUCGCUUUUGUCCGGAGCAAGAACGGAAAUCUCCACCGCUUGGGUGCUGUUACAUCAAAAAGAAAACCAAUGACGGUCAAGAAGAGGAACGCGCUUUGCCAGCGAUUCACUACGACGGGCAGCUGUUACAAAGGACCAACAUGUCCCUAUAUUCACGACCCGAACAAGGUUGCAAUGUGCAAGGACUUCCUCCAGACUGGUCAAUGCAAUGCAGGUAUAAGUUGUGAUCUCUCUCAUGAGCCCUCGCCCCACAGAUCCCCUGCCUGCGUGCAUUUCCUGCGAGGGCGCUGCUCCAACCCCGAAUGUCGCUAUGCCCAUGUUCGUGUGACCCCGGGCGCUCCUGUGUGCAGGGACUUUGCGGUUUUAGGAUAUUGCGAAAAAGGUGCCGAAUGCGACCAACGACACGUUCACGAAUGCCCAGACUAUGCGAAUGAGGGUGUUUGCAACAAGAAGCGCUGCCGCCUCCCCCAUGUUGAUCGGGCAGGACAGAUCAGGAAAAAUGCCGCUUCUAAGACAGAUGCUACGGGCCUUGCGGAAGAGUCUGACGCAUCCAGCGAGGAAGAAGAGUACGAUGAGAUUGACACGGAUGACGUUGAUUCGGACGAUCUCGAUGAGGAUGAGCCCCAACUCAUCGCGCCCGAGUCAGAUACUGGCGAGGUGUCGCAACAACAGGACUACAUCCGUCUCUAA